AUGAACACGAAUUACGGCACAUCAAAGGCCGCGUGGUCAAAUGAAAACGAUGGCGAAGACGGUGGAAAAAUGAGCGGCGGGAAGACUAAAACUUCGGGUGGUGGAGGCCCGCUGGUCGUUCCGGCGUCGGAUUGCCUCUGGUUCUGCGGCGGGGGCGGGGGCGUGGUGGAAAACCAAAACCACGACAUGGGCGAAAUGGAUAAAAAUUCCGGCCAUAUUAACCCAUUCCAUCUAGGACGAGCUGGUGUACUACCUUCGCCGGGUGUUGGAACUACUACAAGCUACGACCACGGGAUCAUGAACCACACAACAACUGCCGAAUCAUCAAGUAGACCCCGGCUUUCCUACAGCAGCACCGAUGUAGUUCUUGAUAGCAGCACCCGUACUGCUAGACCCUCCUCUCAACACCAGCUGCUGAGAAUUUCCACGUCCGGCAAGAACAGGCAGGAGAAUAGCAAGCGCACCGUGCUUGUCAAAUGCAAAAAUGUCUGGGUCUGGAAACUUGUGUUGCUGAUACUUGCGUUGCAAGCUUGCUGCUUGUACGGCAUAACAGCAUGACAAAUUUCCCUCGACUCCUUGUGGAUAUAUUCGUGUUUAGCAUUACAAACUUCCAUCCAGCACGACAAAAAAACUGCUGGCCCAUGGUAUUCAUGCAUUACAGAUCUUGUUGUCCUUGAAGUCCUGCAUCACAAAUCCAGACGCAGACAUAGUUGCAAUGCAUAGUGCUCUUUUCCAGCCGAUUGAAAGUGCACACGCUGCGGAAGCAUCGGACCUGGCGCCACCCGAUUCACGGCGAAAACCGCGUAGAGAGGUUGUUGGAGCUCGCGAUCUACGGCCCGCUGGGGCACCGAGACCCGCAGCUCGAGGUCUACUCGGUGAAUAUUCGGGAUCGGUGCAAGGGCAGUUUCGCGCUGCCGGUGCUGCAAACCGAAGCGAGCCUGGUGUCUGCAAAGAGCUCGCGCUGGCAGGUGCGGAUUUGCGACCGGCAGCUGAAGUUCGAGGCGGACACGUACGAAAAUGCGAGCAUCUGGGUGGACCAAGUCAGGCAAGCUUUGCGAAAAACCGUGGAAAUUCAGUACGCGAACGCGGAAAGGGCCGCAAGGGAAGAGGAGGAGGCUGAGAAGGCACUGCGAGAGGAGCUUGCAGCGCAGCAGCUAGAAUCUACUUCGGAUGACGAGGAGGAGGAGGAUGAUCUACUUCCCUCCAACGACGGACAACGUGAUUGUACUCCUCCAUUGAAAAUAAACACUUCGGCAGAGGGGCAGGAGAACAUCACCUCCGAGGUGGACACCAAAUCUGCAGAGGUGGCGGGCGGCUUGUCCACGCCUGUGAAGACGAAACCGGAAAGCGGCCGGGUGAGUCUCCGGGGCAACUACGAGGGCGGGCCCUGCGAAGAGGAUGAAGCCGGAGGUGAUGUUGUACCUUGCAAGAAAGCCACGAGACUGUCCGCUAAAUCCGCGACCGCUAGAAAAUCUGGAGCUGAAGAGACGAAUUAUUCGGAGCAAAAAACAGGCAGUGCAGCAAAGAAGUCAACGAGCAGCACUUUCUCGUCCUCUCCAGAUGAUGGAGACUUGCUGCACAACAACUCACCUUCCCCAGAGGUGGACAAGAAGUUCGGCACGAAAAUAAAUGCUUCCUCGUCGCCUGAUAGUACCACCACAACCCCGCACGGCAACUCCGCGUCUUCCUCUGUCCGCCGAAAGAAAAAAUCUCGGCUUUCCACAGUCACCAAUAGCACGAGAAGGGACUCGAUAAAGUCCGCCACAGUUGUAGAUGAUCUCCGCCCAGUAUCGUGAGAAAAAACUGUUUCACUGUAGGGAUUUUGCAAGUUUUGCAUUACAAGUUCGCUACGCAUUACAAAGAAAACUUGCCAUGCGAGGAUCCUAAGGGAAAACACCGGUAGAAAUCACUUAUGGUGCAUGUGUAGCAAGACAAACACUUCACUGAUGAAUUUUCUGCAUCACAAGUUCACAGUGAAACUGUUUUCUCUUACGAUACCCAGAACGAUCGACAUUUGACCAGCUGUUUUGGGUAAACCGUGUGGAAACCGAGUACGCGAACCGGCUGUAUUGGCGAAACGUCCGACACAAGCUGUUGGCCGAAGCGAUCGAUGUUUUUUUCGUCCUUCUCCUCUUCUUCGAAUGGCUUGUGGUGCAAAAAUUUAUCUACCGCUUUCUCUGGCUGCAGCACGGGAAGGUGUGGUAUGGGAAAUUGGAGAAGUAUCUGCAGUAUUACAGUGAAAAAUGUCCCCACCCCCAAUUUUGCAAAAAUUUGUGAUGCGAAGUUUCCAAAUGAAAAGCAUGAAAGGAGUAUGAAUCUUUCUGAUGCAGAGUGUAGGCGUGUAUCGCAACGCUUGCAUGACAAGCGCCACUUUUUCUCGGGUCUUUUGCAAUACAAAUUUUUGCUAUUCACGAUUGGAAACAGGUGAUGCUGAUAGAUGCAAGCGGGCAAAUGUUUCAUUUGGAAAGGUUUGCAAUACAAAUGCUCCCAAGUUCGGGGGUGGGGGCAUUUUUCAUUGUAAUAUGCAGAAAAGAUUCUUCUCGUCCCCCGUGCAGAUACCGCUGCUGGACCCCUCUGGCGAUCUAGGUGCGGGCGUGCAGUUUGUCACCAUUUACCCGACUAUCUUGCAAGACGAGGAGGAGGAGGAAGAUUUUCCCCGUAUUAACAAGAACCAAAACUUGAAGCAACCGCACCAAACCUACCCCGAUCAGAGUGCCUCAUCCUGUGCCGGUACAGCAAACCAGACAGCGCAGUUGCCAAGAAGCUGCAGAAGUAGUGACCGAAAACUACACCGAGAGCAGCGACAGAACUACUUUUACCCAACCAUACAGGAGGAAGGGGAGGAGGAGGAAAGCGAUAAUAUUAUUCCUGUGCUGGAAGGAGCCACUAAUUAUACCGGGGAAAGACAUCCACCUGCAUCUGGUCAGCAGCAGGAGCAGGAGAAAGCUGUGCAUUGCGAGAGCAGAGGCCGUAGGGCUGCAAGUGGGCCGGACGCCGGCGAGACAUCAGUUGCUAGUACCAGUACUUCUAACGUUCCAUCCUCCAAAAGAACCUCCUCCCAAAGAACCGACGCAGAGCCGCAGCAGAUGCAGUUGCGACAGCGGCGAAAAAACGCCGGAAGUGGUAAAGUACUUUUGUCUGAAUCAGGAUGUUCUGCGAAGAUUCCUUGCGCAGAGGAGCCAGACGAGCAACAGACAGCCAAGUACUCGGCAGAAGUGCAAGUCCCAGCAGCACAACGUGAUUCACGCAAAGAUGUUGACGGUGGUCAACUGCUGGUAAGAACCAGUGAGGAAGCUCCUGCACGAGUAGCCUCACUACAGUCUUCAAGUGCAGAUCGCAACACGAGAAGGCAAAAUGACUCCACGACCGGCAAGAGUAGCAGCAGCGGCGGUGAUAAUAAGGUUACCAUGCUCCCGAACAAUCGUGCUUGUGGGCCAACGACGUCGUCGAACUCUUCCGAAAAGCCGCAAAAAAACCGCCUUUCGUCGACGACAAACAGCAGUGGCCGGCUGUCCAACACUAUCAACUGCAUUUUACGUAUGAUAUGUCUGCUUCGGUUUGGAACCAAAUGUGUCUGGCUGAUUGUUUCUGAUACAGUUACAGGUGUUUUAGUAUUUUUUACCUUUACCAUUCGUGAAUUAUCACAUGACAAACUCAGCUUUGCGCAGCAUGAAAAAAAACUUACACCUGGUUAUUUUUUUGUCUCAACGCAGAUCCUGCUGGCAUGCAAAAGCAAAUCAUUCGCAUGAUCACAAAUAUGAUAUAAUCCAAAACCGGAUCCUCGACAUAAUACUAACUUUGCUCGCUGCAUACCCUCCUCCUCCUCCAGUGCUGGGGAUAAUCAUAGGCUUCUCUCUACGGGAGCGUCAGGAUUGAAAUCGUCAAAGUUGAAAUAGUUUGUGAUGCAUAAAAUGCAACCCACAAAGUGCCUGUCUUGCAGAGGAGGCAAGGGAGGCAGAUUGUAAGCCUGUUGAGGGGUAGAAAUAGAGGUGCUAAACUAGCAUGACAAGCGGCGUCUUUCCUACCCAAACAGCAUUACAAACUGGAUUUCAUCGGUUCUACCCAAAUUUGUCAUGCGCCACUUGAAAACUAGGCACCAACUGGCAUCCGUUUUAUGCAUCGCAAAUUAUUAUCCAACUUUGUCGAUUUCGGUCCUGGCACUACCAUACUCUCCUCCCCUCUGACCGCCUCGACCUCCUCUCGAAAUUGCGAGUCCGAAGAGGAUCGCAGCCUGCUGGGGCUUAUCAAAUGCAAAAGUGUCUGGGUCUGGAAGGGUACAGCUUGUGAUGCUAAAUCUGGACCGUGAAAAAAUUUGUGUUGCAUGAGUGCCAAAAGCUGUCCACUUUUGACCAAGUUGGGAGUGAGUAUGUCACGCAGGAUAGGCAUGAUACAGAGCUCACAGAAUCUGUCAUGCUAGAUCCUGGAUUCCAGACCCCAUGCGUAAUGUUGAACCUGCAUGACAAAUCUGGCAAUCUUCCCGACCCAGACAUAUUUGCAAUGCAUAGCGCUUUUCCGGCUCGCGGAGUGCGAAAAUUUGGAGCAUGUGAAAAAGCUUUUUCCACAUCUGCCCGUCCGCGGGGGAAUUGAAGAAGAGGAUCAUAUCGAAGAACUACACGACGAGGGCCACAACUCCACUGAAAAUAUUCAACCUGGAAAAAUAUUGAGUGAAGGUUCUUCUUGCGGAGGAACCAUCUUCCUACAGAUCUCCCCCCAGGUGAAUGAAACCUAUCAAAUGUAAAAAUGUCUGGGUCUGGAAGAUUCUGAGAUUUGUCAAGCAUGUUUUGCAUGACCCAGGAUGUCUGUAAUGCAUGAUCUAGCAUCACAUAUUUUUAGAGGCCUUCCUCAUGCCUAUCCCGCAUGACAAAUGCCCUCCCCGCGUACUUAGCACAAACUGGGCACCUCUUUCUGGUCAUGCAAUACAGAUUUUUUUAGCAUCUAAAGUUAGCAUCACAAGUUCCAACCUUCCAGACCCAGACAUUUUUGCAUUUGAUAAAACCAUCGAGUCGACAACUUUCUCGUUGCGACUCGCCUGGACGGAGGAAGUGAUUGUGUCAGCUGAAAAAAAUUCUUCUACUGGAGGGGCCUGUUCAACAUCCUCAACUUCAAGUGCGGCGGAGAAUAAACCUUCGACUGCUGCUGUUUCUUCCAGCGGAGGAUUUGGAGCAGCAGCAGCGGCAGCAUCAAGAAGUGGCACAACAAAUACUACAACUAGACCCCUGGCAAUAUGAAUUGCAAAAGCAUCGUUCUAGUAGUAAUUGCAUUACAAAUUACCUCAGCAUGACAAAUGGAAUUUGUCAUGCUGUUUGAAAUUCAGGACAAGAUUUGUCAUGCAUAAUUACAAUUAGUACGAGUACGAUACUUUUGCACAGGAUAGGCAACCAUCUUCGUGAACACUGAGAUGAUCGAGGAGCCCGCGGAGGUGCUGCAUCAUUUGAGGUACGUCAAGAGCCCGGAUUUGUUGGCGCUGGGGCGUGGUCGACUACGCCACGUCGACCCCUCACGGCCCUCACGAGGAGGUUCGGCGACGAGGGAACAAACUAAAGCUAAACCCAGACCAACCGGAGGUACUAGUACGAGCUUGGAGGCCGCAAGGGCGGCCCAAGAGCAGCUGCAAGGACGAGACCCAGUCGACACGGAAGAUCAAAAUCCGCCUUCGGUGGAUGAGGGGCUGCUGCUCGACACCCUGUGCUUUGUGGAAGAGGGAACUACUAGUAAACACGAUUUUCAGCAAAUGCAAGAGGACCGAAUGUUUGACGUCGUGAACGAAUACCAUCCUGGGGUCGUUCUUCUGUGCUCAGGCGCACCACCCCGAAACCAGCUGCAUCUACAUAGCGCACAAAGCUUCUUUGCGCGCUGGCUCCCGGCUGCGCCGCGAGGCACCGCGGAAAAACUGAACAAACAGCCUCGCCCGCGAGGCUUGCGGGCACUGACAAAAACGGCGCGCAACUGGUGCUUUCGCACUCCUGCAAAACGUGUUUCUUGGCCUGAUGUCUUGUUCGUGUCACCCCUCCGGGAGGGGUACCCAGGAGGGGUAGCCAAAAACGCCCUUUUUUGCGCUUCCCCCGAUGCUACGAGGGGUACCCAAAAAAGGCCUUUCAGGGGUAGCCGAAAGGCCGUUUGCUUCUUUUUUGUCCGGGGGUGGAUCCGGCCUUUCAUUUUCUGAAAUGAGCAAGAGGCGAGUGCGUUCGACGUGGGGCUUGCCAGGAUGUCGGGAACCGCAGCCCACAAUGGGGGUCUAUGGAAGACGGGAAGGGCAAGCCUCUAGAGGAACUCACGGAAGAGGCCGCGGCAUCGUUUGCGAACGGGCGGAGCGUCUUUUUUUCGCCCUAGCCCGCGCCGUGCGUGUGCUUUGCAUUUGCCAGCGCAAUAUUGCGAAGGCAGUUACCUCAUCGCAGGCAAACCCUCUCCAGAGCUUACCGCGCCCGUGUUUUUUUGCCUUUUCCUUAACCCCAGAGGGGCGGCGAGUGUUGUCGGCGUGCGGGGCAACGGGAUGGCGGCCGCAGGGCUCAAAGGUAGCCA